UACUCAUUGUAUUUCAUCAAACAGUUUCCUUUACAUAAAUAUAAAGAAAGAAGAAAAAUAUCAUUGGAGUUGAAACUUUCUUGCAUUAUUUCUUCAAAAAACAUUAUCUUCAUUCAAAUGGAAAGAAUGAGUGAAUACAAAAAUGAAGUAAAUCAUGAUCAUGAAAAGCAUAGUUGGUGUAUCAUGGAAAAACUAGAUCAAGCAUCUAUAGAAGAACAAGAAGAAGAAACUUCAACAAUCUCAAAUGGUUCAUUAUCAUCAUUAUCAUCAUGUUAUUCUUCAUCAGAUACAAUAGAUGAUGAUGCUUCAUCAUCUUCAUCAUCACUUACUUCUAUUGGAUCAUCAUCUCUACUUGACUUAUCUGAUCUUAUGUCUCAUUUACCAAUCAAGAGGGGAUUAUCAAAGUUUUAUCAUGGGAAAUCAGAAUCAUUUACAUCACUUGCAAGAGUAAUGAGCAUAGAAGAUCUUCCAAAGAAAUUCAAUAAUCCAUACAACAACUUGAAGAAGAUGAAAUCUAACAACAGCAGCAAGAAGAGUCGUGGUGGAGGUGGCUUAGACAGCUACAAGGCUCAUACCCUCGUUAAACCAACCAUUUUAAAGAAAUCUUCACCUUUUCUAAGGCAAAGAAGCUUUGCAAGGUCAACUUUGAUUCCUGGUCAACAAUACAACUAGUGGGUUUCAAAAUUUGAAGAAUCUACAUCACAAACUCAGAUAGAGUUUUUUUGGGAAAAUUUUUUGGUUAGUUUAUUUAUUAGUAUUGAGAUCAAGGAAAUUUUGGCCAGUAUGUUUGUAGUAGAGUUGAGAUCUUAUCUUGAUCAAAUGCUUGUAAAGGUUUUUUUUUUUAUAUGCAUAUAUAUAUUUAUAUAUAUA